CUCUCAUCUCAACCGACUCAGUACUCUCUAUGAUCUAUCUGACUUUCUCUCUCCAAAAUUAGCUCCAAUCCAAACCCUAACCUACCAGUUCCGUUCCCAACUGAGAACCAGAGACAAACGUUGGGAUUCAAUUCGCAUAAGUUAAAUGCGUGCUGCUUCAUAUUGCAGCGAAGAAACUUCAAUCCUUCUUAUCAACGAUGGAGGUCUGGAACGACGAUUUUCUGGAGGUGGAGAUUGGGAGUUCCGUGGAGUCGUUCCAGAGGUUUCUGGCUUCGCAAAAAGAGUUAUUGCAUAACCAGAUCGAUCAGUUUCAGGAAAUCGUCGUUACGCAAUGCAAUCUCACCGGCGUCAAUCCUCUCUCUCAAGAGAUGGCAGCUGGAGCUCUGUCGAUAAAAAUUGGAAAAAGACCUAGGGAUUUAUUAAAUCCAAAGGCUGUAAAUUAUAUGCAAUCAGUUUUUUCCAUUAAAGAUGCAAUUAGCAAGAAAGAAUCUCGUGAGAUCAGUGCUUUAUUUGGUGUCACAGUGACUCAGGUUUAUAUUACUCCACUUCCUGUACGUGACUUUUUCACUAGUCAACGAUCAAGAGUAAGAAGACUAGUUCAGUUGUCAAGGGAGAGGGCAUUAAGAUCUAAUUCUUGUGAAGAACCUCAUGAUGGGCAAAUAAACUCUGAUCCUGUGAGACCGUUAAAUCCAGCGCCCUUAAACUCUGUCGGCCCCACCAAUGCUGAAGAAGCAUCUUGUUCAACACAGGAAGCAGCUUUGUCUGAUCUAGAUGACUUAGAUAAACAAUUUGUUGAUAACAUUUUUAGUCUAAUGCAGAAAGAGGAAACAUUUUCUGGGCAGGAGAAAUUGAUGGAAUGGAUAUUGACUAUAAAUAAUUUUUCAGUAUUGUUGUGGUUUUUGACCAGAGGGGGUGCAAUGACUUUAGCGACUUGGUUGAGUAAAGCAGCUAUUGAAGAACAAACUAGUGUCCUUCUUCUUAUCUUGAAGGUUCUUUGUCAUUUGCCUUUACAUAAAGCCCUUCCUAUACACAUAUCAGCUAUAUUGCAGAGUGUUAAUAGACUACGGUUCUACAGGACAUCAGACAUAUCAAACAGGGCAAGGGUUUUGUUAUCAAAGUGGAGCAAAUUAUUAGCAAGGAACCAGGCAAUAAAGAAACUCAAUGGUGUUAAACCUUCUAGCGAUGGUCAAAAAGAGAUAAUGCUUUCGCAGAGUAUUGGUCAAAUUAUAGGCUCUGAAUCAUGGCAUUCAAACAUUGAUGUUCCUGAGGACAUUCUUGCUCUCUCAAAUGAAUGUUCAGAUAAUUUCAGGAAACUGGAAUCUCCACAAGCUGUGAAAUUGUUGCUACCCAGCUCGGAUGAUUCUAAUAAGAAGCCCACCCUUGGUGUAUCUUCAACUCAAUCUAGAGAGCGCAGAAAAGUGCAAUUGGUGGAGCAGCCAGGCCAAAAAUCAGUGAGCAGAAACCCGCAGGUGACAAGAGCAGGGCCUGUAAGUCAAGGCCGUCCCAUGUCUGCUGAUGAUAUCCAGAAAGCAAAAAUGCGCGCGUUAUUUAUGCAGAGUAAGUAUGGGAAAACUGGUGCUACAAAAGAAAGGAAAGAAGCAAAGAUUAAUGGUCUGAAUAAACCUCAGACAAAUCAUGGCAGCAUUGCAGCUUGCUCAUCUAAAGUUCCUGUUCCACCCAAAAUUGAAGAUGACAAGAAAACUCCAUUGCUUCCCUCUAAAACAACUAAUAGACCAGAAGCUUCUUGUUCUAAAAUGAAAAUGGAUUUGAAGGAACCUCUUUGGGAGAAGUGUAAGAGGGUGCAAAUCCCAUGGAAAACACCAGCAGAAGUGAAACUUAAAGAUACCUGGAGAGUUGGUGCUGGUGAAAAUAGCAAAGAGGUUGAUGUCCAGAUAAACAGAAACCGCAGGGACAAGGAAACUAUUUAUCAGACUGUCCAGGAGAUGCCUUCUAAUCCCAAGGAGCCGUGGGACAUCGAAAUGGACUAUGAUGACACUUUGACACUGGAAAUUCCUAUUGAACAGCUACCGGAUGUUGAUGGUGCAGAAAUAGCAGUUUCCCCCAAUCAAGUUGCAUCUCAUGCUGUUCAAGGGGUGGCCACCACAUCUUCAACCGAUAAUGCAGCUACUGCUGAGCCUGAUUUAGAAUUGCUUGCCGUGCUGCUAAAGAACCCAGAGUUGGUAUUUGCCUUAACUUCUGGACAAGCUGGCAGCAUUCCAACUGAGGAAACCGUGAAGUUGCUUGACAUGAUCAAGAGAGGUGGUGUGAACUUGGGUUUAAGUGAAAAUAAAAAUGGCAAUUAUGGCAUGAGUGCAAAGGUCCCAGAGAAGAUGGAAAUUUCUCUCCCAUCUCCAACUCCUUCAAGCGAUCCAAGAACGAGUGGAUGGAGCACCGAAGUUUCUAAGAACCCUUUUUCACGGCGAAGAUUAGAAUCCGACAGAAUUAUGCAGAGCUCUACCACAGUGGUAACUACCAACUUAUUAUCUCAGGCUCCGGCAACUGGCUCUGCAGUGAUGCAACAGCCGACAGUUGUGCUUCAAUCUUCGAAGCAGCACACCAGCACAACAGUUUCUCAAUAUUCACGGCCUCAGGCAACAAAUAUCGUUCCUGAAAGGCAACCACCACACGCUCUUUCCUCUAUGCAUGUUCAAACACCAUCCUUGGAUAUAGGUUUAACUAUGAAGAACAUAAUCACUGCAAAUGCAUCUUCAGUUAACUUACCUGGUGCACGUUCACCUCUAGCAAUGCGGGCUGAUGGCACGAGUAAUUUUAAACCAGUACCUAAUUUGAGUGUCCAAGAGGGUUUGCCUAACGCAUUCCCGCAAUCCUUCAUGUUGUCCUCACCAACGCCAUCAUUUUCAGCCACACAACAACAAAGACAUCAUCCACAUUUGCCACAGCAGGCCCAUUUCACUGAACCUUCCUAUCGUAACACUGUACAUUCCUACCCACCACAAGUCGAAAAAUCAGGUCCUGUGUCAGAUGUGUGGAGAAUUAGGCAGGAUAUGUCAUCCAGAUAUCAUACUCAACGAAAUCAUAACAACUAUAACACAAUGGUUGGGGGGUCCAUGCAAUCUGGUUCCUCGGAUAGAAAUAAUAAUGGAAGGGAAGAAUUUGAAUCAUGGAGUCCAGAGAAUAGCCCAACUAGAAAUCCUAGGUAUGUUCCAGGUAGAAAUUACCCAGAGUCCAGAAUGAAUAAUGUAAGAAAUCAUAGGCCUGAAUGGUCAAGGCAGCGGGGUUCUUCUGGACACGGGGACCCUGGUAGGCAGGGGAACAAAAGGUGGCAUGAUCAGAGACGAUGAUUUUUCUCUUCACAUUGAUUUGGUCUUAAAGGGAUUUUAUCUGACUCAUUAAUUUUCGGGAUGUAUAGAGUUGCAUUCUGAUAACAAUGAUUUUCAUAUUGGUGAUUGGAGAGUGGAGAUGGAAGUAGACCUCAGUAUGAAGUAACUGUAGGAUAAGGAUGAUAUUACAGUUAGUGCGGUUGCAGUGUCUAGAAUAUCAUGAGUUUGACUUGUUUGUCAAUUGUAAAAAAAAAACCAAAAUUCACCACAAAAAGGAUUGUUUUUGCUUUUAG